CUGCUCCUUCCUUCCUCAUUUCUUCUAAACUCCAAUAAGUACUGUCCAUUUCUCUCUCCCCUCCAUAACAAUGACAGCAUCGUUCUCCUCACUGCUUUAAAUCGCCUCGUUUGCUCUCAGGAACUUUGCUUACCGCAACAGAGCUUAAGCUUUUUUUUUUUAUUAUCUCCUCUCUUUCUUGAGGUGGAAAGAUGGGGUUUAUUCCGACGGAAGAGAGCCGGAGGCAGGAGAUCGAGGAGUUCAAGCGGAUGGUAGUCGCCUGCGCCGGACUCAGCCGGAGGAAAGACGAAGAGGAGCAGCUCGGAUUCCGCCUCCACUCCCCUGAAAUUGACGACGACGUAGGUGAGGAGAAGAUCGUCUGCGUUACCAGCGGCGUUUCCUUCUUAGGCCUCGCCGUCGUCAACCGCCUCCUCGUCCGCGGUUACUCCGUCCGAAUCCUCGUCGAUAACCAAGAGGAUGUGGAGAAGUUGAGGGAGAUGGAAGAAGCGGCGGCGGGGGAGGAGGGGAGGCGGCGAUUGGGAAGCAACAACAACGGCGUGGUGGAAGCAGUGGUGGCGAGUUUGUUCCAAGUGGAGACUUUGGCGGAGGCGUUCAACGGCUGCCGAGGCGUUUUCCACACUGCGGCUUUCGCGGAUCCAGCUGGACUCUCCGGUUACACGAAAUCGAUGGGCGAAAUUGAAGUGAAGGCUGCUGAGAAUGUGGUGGAGGCAUGCUCGAGGACCCCGUCGGUAAGAAGCUGCGUGCUCACUUCAUCGCUCCUGGCCUGCAUUUGGCGAGACAGCACCUUGCAGGAUUACCCCUGCGUCAUCAACCACGAGUCCUGGAGCGAAGAAACAUUUUGCAGAGAUAAACGGCUGUGGUAUGCUUUGGGCAAGCUGAGAGCAGAGAAGGCAGCAUGGAGAAUAGCUAAAGAGAGAGGUGUGAAAUUAGCCACCAUCUGCCCAGGUCUUAUUACAGGCCCUGAAUUCUUCGACAGGAACCCAACAUCAACCGUUGCCUACUUAAAAGGAGCUCAAGAGAUGUUUGCAGACGGGCUGCUGGCGACGGUGGACGUGAUGAAGCUGGCGGAGGCACAAGCCUGCGUGUUCGAAGGAAUGAAGAAGACAGCCGGCGGGAGAUACAUUUGCUAUGACAACGUGAUCGAGAGCGAGGAGACAGCAGAGAAGCUAGCAGAAGAAGUUGGGAUGUCGGCGGAGAGGAUAUGCGGGAACAGAGGUGCUUACAUUCCGGCGCCAUUCCAGUUAUCUAACAGGAAGCUUUCUAACCUCAUGUCCAGAACUCUUCGCAGUUGCUACAAUCAACGCUGAAUCAUUAAAAGGAAAAUGAGUCGUUGGUAGGAAGGGUUUCUAGCUGGCUAAAAGGGUUAUUAUGGUUAUACGUACAAAAUUGUUCUAUGAUGAGAGCGCUAGUGAAGUGUUCCAAUUCGUAAGAGCAAAUGAGUAGCUUCCUUUCAUAUCAAUCUUCAGUAACCAAUCUAGACCACCAUCCUGAUUCGGUGCAAGUCAGCGUGGGUAAACUGUCACUAGUUACAAACUAACGGAAUGUGAGAAAUUUUGUAAUUUGAAUAUAUUAAUCUUCAACAAUGCAUUUAACAUCAAUUUGUGUAUUAUACUAUGCACCAAUACAAGCAUUAUACACCAAUAUUUGCUUCCAAUUUGCACAUAAAACUAUCGAGUAUUGAUAAACAGAAUGAAAUUGAUGAUAAACCGGAUCAUCGAAUUGAAUAUAAUGUCAAUGACAAUCAGGUCUUUGAUCCCAUUAAAUUUACAAAUACUAAAAAAUGAAAUGAAUUUACAUCUGUGUGGACAAAUGAGACAGAAUACAAUUGGAAUACUUAUUGGAGUUCAAUUCUGAUAAAUUUGGUCGACUCCAAACACCGCUACAUUUAACCACCAUCAAUCUAUACAUUCAAAUAAAUCCUCAUGUGGCUCUAAUGACUGUCCAUUUAUCUUAAUAACAUCUUAAUCUUAUUUAAUCACCAGCAAUUAGGUGGUUGCGGAAGAUAAAGAGAGAGGAUACACUCUGUCAAUAAGGAUUUUGAACAAUUAGGAGUAAUUUCGGUGACCUAAAACUGGAGCUUCAAAUACUUGGUUCAACAACAUCCUCGAAACCGAUGGUUUUUCAACAUAUCGAGGUGUCAAUCCAAUACAGACGUGUUCGAUAUCAAAUGAGAGUAGUUAAAUAAUAGAAAGAACAUUAAAAAAAAAAAAGAUACACCAUACCAGUUGAUUUUACCGCAAAGCAAUUUCACGAGCGAGAACCGAGAUAGCAGAGAUGAAUCAGAUCAUUGGUAAAAGACAUAGUUAGGUUGGUCUUCCUUGGUUUAGGCGAUCCAAACCAUUAACAUACUGUCCGAGUUAAUAACUCGGGUAAUGAAUGAAUCGCUCAAAGCAAGGUAAAACCACUCUAGCUAUAAUUUUUACUCCGAUUCUUUGUAUGUGUAGCUCCAUCACGACAGGGAACAGAGGGCAAAGCAAAACGAAAUACAAAUUUCAGAUCCAGAAUUGUCAAAAACAAAAUUUCAAACGCCAGUAGAAAUUCUGACUCGAUCAGAGAAAGCUAGUUCAAAAACAAGAGGAGAAAAAAUGGUGAAAGGCUCAGAGAGUUGCUAACUGUGCUCAAGGAAGAGCUCCCGUGAAGGAGCUCCUCUCAUACAAGAGGUGUCAGAAAUAAAGCACUCUUCAUCUUUGCCGGCCAAUUUGAAUCAGAAAACAAGAAGAUAUUAAAAACGAAAGAGAGGAAGAACAAAAAAACUAUGAGCAACCAGAGGGCGGCCCUCGAUUGAAGAUGCUCUGCUGCUAUUAGGAUUAUCCAUCAACAGAUUUCGGCGGAAAGGAAAACCCUAAUUGCAACAUUGCAAUAAGCGGCGAAACGAUGGAAGAGAUGAAAGAGCUGACGCGGUUAUUUGUAGGUUAUGAUACUGGGCUUCUGAGAGAUAGGGCAGCCCAGCCGUCAGCAGCGCCAGCGAUCCCGCUGUUUUGAGAGGCCGUUUACCAUUUGUUGUUGGUCCAUUUGCAGGUGUCAUUGACGGGCCACCAUUUUUGGGCCAAACAAAUGGCCCAUGAUGUUAAUGCUGUGUGUCGGUGGCGUCCAUGGGCUGAACUAGAGGGUAAGCAACGGGUAAAUCGGGUGGAUUUUGACUAUAAAAUUAUUUCAACUCACUUAUGAACAUAUUGACAAUUUUCAAGCCGUCACUCAUCCACACUUAUCAUCGAGUUUGGCCGGGCGGAUGGCUGAUGAUUUGGUUGGUUUAUCGGGUUUAACCUCAACAGCAUGAUCAUUUUCCAAGAAUCUAGUCGGACCAUGCCAUUGAAUUCCCUAACUACCUAACUGAACCUCGCAAUGUCCUCCUCAUCAAUGGCACGAGCAAGACCCACUAGCAACAUACAUAACACUCACGAGUCCCAGCAAAAGUAGGAUUCAAAUCCUAAUAUCCCUCCAGUGCAUUGCUCACUACGAUAACAGCCUCACCACCGCCAUCCCUACAAAGAUGGAAAACCCCAGUGCUCAUAAGAUGACCUUUAGCUCAAUACCUGCAAAGCGAGUCAUCAUUCCUCGCAAAGCAGCGGACAAACUGUUUUAUAUCUCAAUCGCCUUCGUGUACUGUCCCAACUCCGCAACAAACUGAGCUACUUUCAGCUUGUGCCGUCGGCAGAUAUUGGUGCUUGAUCCUCACAUUGGAAAAUAUCAGCAACUCUUUCAUAAAACUCGAUAGACUUCUCUAUGUUUGCUUAUUCUGCAUGUGCAUACAGUUCAGCGAUUUCCUUAGUGUACCUUGCAGGCUUCAGCCAUGUUGAUCUUCCGAUCUCACAUAAUUUUACCUUAUCACAAUUAUUGGCUUGCGGAAUUUAUAUAUAGUAUGGUAACCGGUUCUUCUAAUUAAUGUGACUAUUAAGGAAAAUACAUAACUUCCUACGAUUCUAACAUGGAAAUCUAAACUAAUAGGGAAUGGGACUUUGUGACAAAUUACAUAGUGAUACUCAUAUUUUAAUUGACACGUAAGUUGAGCCCAUAUUCAAACUUAAUGAAUUGUUUAACAUACAAACCGUGAUCAAUUUGGGAUUAGCAUGGGAAUUAGGUUAGUCGAGUCAUCAUCAUCUGUAAAUUCUAAUAGUGGAUUAAUAAAAAGCAAUAUGGCAAAACCCCAAGCUUAAGUAAUGCCCUAAUUAACUAUAUGUAUUGUCUCCAGCUGACUCAUGGCUUCGAGAUGUGGUCACUCCUACGUUGUAAGAAACUUCGAAUCUUGCAAACUAUUCUAAUCAAUCAAAUAUCCAUAUUGUUUUUAUAUAUAAAUAUUUCAGAAAACUGAACCACCUAAUUAAAUAUAGGGGAAGAAAAUGUAACAUGUACUUGUUUGAAACUGGUGCUGGCAGAUAUUGACCUCUAAUAUGAAAUGAGAAGUCUGAGUAUGAAAAAUGGUAUCUUUAAUUAAUUUUUGUGAAUUUACAUUCACAUUGGAUGAAGCAUUUUAUUAUAUAUGAAUUUUAAAAUAGAAAUAAGAUUUAAUUUAAGAUGCAAUUAUAAGGUUUUGAGAUAACUUAUACGUAGGUGAAAGUUUGAACUUUGAAACUUAAUCUGUUUUUUAUUUCACCAAAAUUAGCAACCUAAAUAAAUUUUCAGAUUAAUAUCCCAUAGUAAAAAAAAGGGGGGGAAAUACAAGAGGAAAAUCGGUCGGCGGUGGACGUGGCAGCCCCGUUCCUCACGUGCACGAGUCAUGGGGGUCCGAGUUAAAACAGAGCUUAUUUCUCUAGAGACAGUUUUUCCUAUAUUCGCUGUCAUUGGAACUCGUUUACCAGUUACCACCAGCCAUCUUUUUCACAUCAGAUCAUACUCCUCUGAAACCUUAAAAUGCAAGCCUCUCCUUUCAUGUACAGACCUACAGAAAGCACAGCAGAGCAAAAAAAGCAAGUCACUAGUAAAUUCUGCCAACAUGCAAGUGUAGAUGAUAAACUACACCGCCAAUCUCAUCGCUUCCAGAGUUAUUUGAAUGAACCAGUACAUUUCGAUCUCGUAUUAUAGAUUUUGAUCAAGAGAUUUUGUAUCUUUGAGGCAUGAAAUGAGUCGGGCAAGCUUCAUGAUUUACUGUUAGAAUGCUUCGAAAGAAACGAAUAAUUUUAAAUGAAGGAUUUCAACCCGUAUAUUAUAUAAUCAUAGUGCUGUACUCUGAAUAUUAUAAUACACAUUGUUGCAAUCCAUAAAGAAAAGGCAGAUCGUGAGACAGAGUAUUGAUGAUGACAUGGGGGAGUGAGUGAGUGAUUCCUUCUGCUCCCAACUGCUCCCAAUUCCCGUUAUUAUAUAUCAUAUCUGAAUUUACACAUUAGAUCAAGAUCACAUGAGAUUUAUCAAGUCAAUUCGAAGCAUAAGCAACCAGCUACGUGCUUCCAAUCUCCUCCUCUUCUUCCUCCUAAAAUAUUCUUCUGCUAUCCGCCAUUGGAGCAGCUCAUCCCGCCAAAACAAUCAAAAACUAAAUCAGAUGUAUAAAUCUAUCUGGUGAGAGAAUAUUGGGUAGCUCCAUUUUUUGGCUUCUUCCUGGGUUUCUUAGAGAGCUGCAUCCUCAUAAAAUUUCCAGCUGGACACGGAAAUGGCCGCUAUGUGAGGAGAGAUGAAUCAAUAUGGCGGGGAAUAGCAGAUGCAGCAGGGGAAAGCUAGCUCAAGAUUAUUUCUUCAGAUCAUCAUCCACUAAUCCUACUGCUAAUCCUCAAUCACUCCCUGGUGAGUUAAACUGCUCUGCAUUUGAUUGACAAGAGAGCUGCUCUGCAUAUUUACCAGUUUCUGGGUUUGUUUUUCUGGGUUUAGGCUUUGAUGAUGCUAUUGCAAAUGGGCCAGGGGCCUGGCCCAGUUGGAAGGCUAAAGUCUCUGGUGUUGUUUUGGAACUAUUUUGUGGGGGUUGUUGGUCUAUAUUACUGUUGUCUACUCCUUUUCCCCCCACCUUCUUUGUCAUUUGCUUAUGCAAGAACUUGAGGGGUAGAGAGUCAUGGGAAUGGCAUUACCAAAAUUAGUACUCUACUUCUCAUGAAAAUACUUCUCUUCUAGUAAGCUAGCCAUUGGUUUAGGUCUAAAUAAUAUGGACGAUUCAAAAACAUAGACAUCUAAAUCACAUAUAUCAUCACUUUCUUAUCGAUUUUGUUUCUUUACAAACUUCGAAACCAACAGGUAAUUUAUCAUGUUUUAGUCGAACUAUAGUUGUUCUAGCUGAUCACCAAUUACUUUAAUUUGUUUUGCUUGCUGCCGAUUCCCCACCUUUGUUAUGUCCAAGAAAACCAGUCAAACAAACACUUCAGAAAAGCUUAAUUAGCCUUCAUCACCGGCACAAGGGAAAACAGCAGUCCUGCCUGGGUAGUGGUAUUCUGAUGAGAGAUGCUUUGUUGCUAUACAAAGUUGUAUUCCUUCCACAUGCAUUUUACUGCAAAAUAAUGAUAGUUUAAUAAGGGAUUCAGAUCCAUUCUUUGUUAGCAUGUGACAUGGUGUGAUUCAAGCUAAUAUUCAAACAUUUCACUACUUAUAUAUGAAUGGUAAAAUAUGAUAUUACAAAAAAAUAUGAAUGAUAAUAAUAACAAAAGCAAAAAGAGUGAAUGAAAAAAAGAAAAAGAAAAGGGCAAAUAGCAUUUUCAAUCCAUUUAUUAUGUUGUUUCAACAAAUACGUCUGUAUAUUAUGGUUUGUUACUAAUAAUAAGUUCAUGUAGUAUGUUCUUUCUCCAUUGAUCUUUCAAUUAAAAAGUUUGUUCUGUCAUCUUAUUGAAACCAUCAAACAAUGCUUUGCAAAACUGCAUAAUUCAAGAGUCAUAACUCAUAUACCAUUUAUGUAGAAAUCUUCUAAUCAGUGUCAUAUAAAGUUUAAACUUCUAAUGAAGAUGGAGAACCUGAGAGUCAACUUAAAAGGCAAAACAAUAAAAAUACAACAAACCUAGCAACGACAAAUGGAUCAUAACAAAUAAACUGAUUAAGUAUGGAUUGUUUCCACUUAAUAUAAUAAAUUACACUUCUAUUUUAUAUCUAGCUAGAUAGACAUAUUUGUGAAAACAACAUAAUAAUUUUUAUUAUGACCCAUGAAUAAACCAUUACAUAUCGG